GGUAGGCAUUUCUAGGCCACAUCAGCUAUUACAAGCCCUAUUUUACAGGGAGAUAAAUAGUUGCCUUCUAAUUGUUAUUUUAAAUUGGCCAUGUGACUAUGACUGAAACUGAUACACUGCAACUGAAUGCUUCACGGCUUAAAGCCGAUGUCCGACUAGCCCAGGCAGUAUCCGAAUUCAAAGCCUCCAUAUCUCGUGAUGAUAAGACAAAGUUACAGAAUAUACUGUCGAGCUUUCAGAAUCGCACUCCAGAUGCCUCCGACGUCAAGCAAGUAAUCGCUGAAAUCGAUAUGUCCAUAAGCAAGAAAUCGAGGCGAUGCUUUGGCCCCAGACUCAUGAAUAUCCUCGAGGCUGUUCAGCAGUAUGCCUCUCUCGGUGACGUCGUUCUCGGGGCCUCCCAGAAUAUAGUUGCUUGUAGUGUCUGGGCCCUGGUGCGAAUGACGUUAACGAUGCUCACGCAGUCGGUCACUUAUCUUGAGAACUUAAGUAUUCUUUUUAUGAAUGCCGGAAGAAACGUUCCUCGAUAUCAUGACAUGGCUUUACUUUUCCCCCGGUCGAAAAGGCUCCAGGAAGGCCUCUGCGAAUAUCUCAUCGUCGUUGUCAAUAUUUGUCAACAUUACGUCAAAUACAUGCAAAAAUCUUUUAUCUCUCAAAUUCCAAUUGCAGUAUCUGGUUCGGGACUACAGAAGUUCCAAAAUAGCCUCACAGAAUUGGCGGACUUUAUCAUGAGGGAGGUGACAAUGCUCCUAGGUCAAAAAGCGGUGGAAGAGGCGAAUGAGGGUUCACGAUUUCGAAAGAUGAUCACUACCUUUAAGGAAAAUCGAGAAUACUACCAUCAACUGUCAAUUAAACUCCACUGGCUUGAGGCAUGUUCUAAACAUGAUUAUAAGACAACGUGGAAGCAAGCACGCAAAAGCGGAACCACAUCAUGGUUUACCACAGUGACAGAAUAUCGGGAUUGGAGAGACCAUCAACAAACCUCAUCAUCGUUACAUGCUCUCCUCUGUACUGGGAAGCUUGGGUCUGGAAAAACGGUUCUAAUAGCUAAUAUGGUCGAUGAUCUCAGCCUCACUGUUGCAAAGGGCACUUUGGCCUAUUUCUUUUGUCGGUACGACAUUGCAGAGUCUUUGACAGCAAGGAACAUCAUUGGUUGCUUGGCUCGGCAACUACUUGAUCAGCAAGCCAUUGAUAUGAAAGAGCUAGCCAAUAGAUUUGGAAAAGAAAGCUCACCCCCAGACAUUGCGAAGAUUUUAGAUAUUUUGCAAUCUCUUGUUCCGCGAGACCCCAUUUACUAUUUUAUCCUCGACGGGCUUGAUGAAUGCAGCGAGAAAGAGGCUAAUGAAUUGAUGGAGUUUCUUCAAACUCUCCGAAAGGUUUUCAAGUUACGUUUAUGCGUGUCUUUUAGAACGGACGCUGGCCGCCAGUUCAAGGAAAUAUCUGUACCACGAGGAAAGAAAUGGACUUUGGAGAUGCCCGAAGAAAAUCCUGACAUAGGAAAGUAUAUUGAGUCUGAGCUUCGGGAUCGUCUACAAUCGGAGAAGUUGACAGUAGGGAAUCCGGCCAUCAUACUGGCUAUUCAAGAGGCCUUGUCCAGAGGAUCUCAAGGAAUGUUCCUUUGGACUGCACUACAGCUUGACUGCCUCUGUGCAGAAGACACAGACGAGGCAAUUCUUCAAGCACUAGGAACCCUCCCCAAAGAUUUAUCUGAAAUCUUCACUCGACUCCUUCAGAAGGCGGAUAGUUCUAGUUCUAAUAGAUAUCGGCAGAAGAUAGUAGAGCUUAUCAUUUCUGCUCACCGUCCGCUAACCCUUUCAGAACUUCAAGAGGCCCUGGCUGUGACUCCGGGUGAGACCCAGUGGGAACCGGCAAGAUUAAUCAAUAAUAUCCGAGCGACGCUACGAUGCUGCAAAAGUCUAAUAAUAGUUGACGAAGAAGAAGAAACCGUUCGAUUUGCGCACCAUAGUAUUCAGAAAUUCUUCAUCACCCCUGGCGACAACGGCCUUACAAUUCCUAUAAAUCCGGAUGAGGCAAGGCGAGGGAUGGGCCGGAUCAUACUCACCUACCUUAAUUACGACGUUUUUGCAGGCCAAAUGACGCGCACCAUGCCUCCCACCGUUCCCAUCACAGAAGCGCCAUCAAAGAUUUUACGCUCCAUAUUUAGUGAGUCAAAGGCUCGUAAGGAAAUCGCGCAACUGCUUGUUCAAUCGCGGAAGCAUAUCCCGUAUGACAUUAGUCAAGUUUUCGCUCAAACAGCUAUGAAUAUUCAAAGCAGAUCAGUAAGAGAAUUUCCUUUUCUCAAAUACGCUAAAGAAGCUUGUUUUUAUCAUAUAUCAGGUCUGUGGCAGGAAGAAGGAAUGAUGAGUAGGCUAUGGAAUGAGUUACUAGGUAGAGGCCAUACUGGACUUGUGAUCACAGAUUGGGUGAAAUUCGAGUUGGACAGUUCCAUGUUAGAGGGCUUGGGUGGGAAAUUCGUUCCCAGGGAUGCUCAGGACCAAAUUCUCAGCCCUCCCGUAGUAAAGAGGAUUGUCGACGAAUACGUUGAUGGCAACACAAAUAUUCACGCCCUUUCAGCAUUCUUCACUACUCAAAGGACAUGCCUUGCCAUUCUGGUAUAUCAAAAGAUGACAAAACACAUUCCAUUCGUUUUCAACCUUAAGAUCACAGAUAAAGAUUUACCUAUACAGAAAUCAGCUUUGACUUCACUCUUACGGUCGAGGUUGCGAUCUCCUCGAGCUUCGAGUGAUUUUAAUGUGGAUAUCUUCUAUGAUGGCCAGUGGCCAUUCGUUGCUCCUAUACUGUCUCCGAAAAUGCACCUAGAGCAGGAAUUCCGCAUAAUGCCGUUGACCCCCACAGGGCAUAAAAGCGGUCCAACGGCAUUCCUCCAGACGGCAUCCGUCCACCCAGCACAUCAUCGAUUCUCCUAUCCGUAUCAAUCUCAAGGACUUCUCUCUCAUGGUAACGAAAUUGCAGACCGAAACAGUGGCCCCAUCGUCGUUAUCAAGAUGCUCAGGCAUCAAACAACUAGAAACAUAUACGAGCAAGAAUUUUUCAAAUCUCCAAAGGCAGAACAUCUCGUUAGACACCUUGCAUCUUACAGGAAGGCUGAGGUGGAUUUUAUACUCUUCCCCCUUGCAAAAUAUAAUCUGGAGAAAUUUUGGAAUCAGGAUCCAAUACAAAGAUCAGACCCAAAGGUAGCACAGUGGGCGCUAAAGCAGAUGAUCGGUAUUGCAAAUGCCUUGGAGGUAGCCCAGAUUAUGCCAUAUCCACGAACCGAAAAUGGAUACCACGGUAAUAUCGAGCCAAAGUGUAUCCUCUGGUUUAACACGGAUAACAGGCCUGGGGGAGACCCCUUUGGGAUCUUACAACUUAAUUUCAAUUUUGCUUUUCCAUCUCAGAGCAAGCCCUCACUAUCAAAAUUCGAUCUUUCUGAAACGUACCGGGCUCCAGAGACGCAGAUCAAUGAACAGAAUAACAAGAAAACGGACGUUUGGAGUCUUGGAUGUGUAUACAUUGAAUUUAUCACUUGGGUUCUGAUGGGGUGGUCAGGUAUCCAACAAUUGCGAAACUCGUCAAAAAAACAUCAUUCGGUGUACGAAAGUUUGUUUUUCAGGGUCCAUCUAGAUCCCAAUUCAGCCAUGCUUCGGGCUUCCUUACGAGAAGAAAUAACCAGCUGGGUAUCCAUGCUUCAAGAGCUGCCUAAUUGCUCAAAUCAAAUAAGUGAAGCUCUUAUCCAUAUUAUGACAUACGUUAUGGUGGUGAAUCCGGAGGGACGCGAUACUGCUUCGAAACUUGCAUAUGGACUUAGCAAUAUUAUGCGCUCAAUAUCCACAGAAGCGAUAUUACAUCGACAGGUACUACCUGAGUAUCAAUCCUUUCUGGAAAAAGAAAACUGGGCAGAGUGUUAGCUAUCCCUUCGGUGGCGGUGGUUUUCUUCCUUGUUUAAGUGAUAGGAGGCGUUUGUCAAGUAUUUAUUCUAGAUUUAGGCACUAGGUUCUAUAUGUGAAAUGCCAGGUCCUUGUAUUGUCAACCAUUA